GAAGUGUCGUUCUCAUUAGGACCAGUUAAAACAAUACCACAGGAAGGAAACGACCUGACACGCAGUCGUAGACCCGCGAAAACUAUCACAGCAUUGACAAAAACAAUUGCGUUCCACUGAAUUUAGCUGAACUAUAAAACCUUGUUGCAUUGCAGAAAUGCUAACAGUCUUAGAACGAUCGUGAAUAUUACACAAUGUGUUCAGUGUUUGCGGUGUUUGCCCUGGCGGCGGUCGCCACGGGGGAGAUUCAAAGUGCUUUCCAUAAAGUGGAGUUGUCUGAUGAGAAGACUCCUUACGACUACGUGAAGGAACGCCUGGAUGCGAUCGGAGCCGAUGCAAGAUCCGGACUGCCGCUUUCCAACUCUUACGAGGUAGAAGAAAGUGUAGACUACCCCGACGAAGAGAUUCAAGGAGCGGCGUCAACGAUCCUGAACACUGGGGUUGGUGGCAUCGGACAGGGGAUCGGCCUUGGUGGAUAUGGCGGCAUUGGGAACAUUGGACUUGGUCAAGGAUUGGGGCUCGGUUUAGGGGGCCUUGGUGGUAUCGGGGCUGGAGGUUUAGGGGGAGUCGGAGGUGUGGGAGUAGGAGGUGUUGGGGGCGCUGGAGUGGGUGGAAUAGGACUCGGUGGCGUAGGGGGUGUAGGCAUCGGCAAUGGCGGUAUCGGCCUUAUCCACCCUGGAUACGCUGGACUGGGCGUCGGCAACAUUGGUCUCGGGGGUCUUGGAGGUGGCCUUCUGUACAACCCGCAGUUAAUCAAUCAACAAGUUGGCGGUGGCUACGUAGACAAAAAAGCCUACGACGAAGCCCAGAAGAAAGGUGCUGAUCAAAAUGUGGAGAAAAUAGAGAAGAAAGCUGAAGAGGAGAUCAAGCAUGAUCAGCAAGGGUUCCAAGCGGCUGCUGCUGCGGCCAAGGGUGAAAAGGGAGACUCCAGCUUUUACAAAGACGAGGAAGCCAAGAAAAAGGCAGCAGGCGAUGAAAAGUUCUAUGAAGGAGGACAGAAAUUCGACAAACAUGGUGCAAACGAGGAAGUGCACAAAAAAGCCAAAAGCCACAAGAAAGGGCACGUGAGCAAGGGCUUCAAAUCUUCAAGCAGCAAGAACGAAGAGGAGAAAUCUGAGACCUUCUACGACGAAGCUCAUGACGAGGCUGAUCACAAGGUGGCUGGGCAGAAUGCUGGCUCGUUUGGGGAGAAUGCUCAGCAAGGGUUCAAGGGUGCUCAUGAGGAGAAGGUGCUGGAUGCCAACGCGCAAGGGAAGGAGGGGCACCAUGUGUCCGCGCAACAGUUCGACGAUACUAAGGCUAAUAAGGGAGAAUUCCUGCAAAAGGACUACAAAGGGGGUGCAGAACAACUGGAGAAAUACAACAACCUGGGAGCCCACUCGGUGCACGGUCAUCAGGAGGCUAGCGGAGGCUUCCAGCAAAACAAGGGAGGCGUCCUCGGCAUACAUUGAUGACCUACUGAUAACUGUUGCUGAUCUGUUUGGAAUUUUAUAACACGU